UGUUGAGCUGCUCAGACCGGUGUCUGUUUGUGUCUUUGUGUCCUCUUCACUCUAUUUUUUUUUACCAGCAUGGCAGCAAAUAAAGACGACUCAGACAUUGACGAUAUUCUCGCCAACGAGGAAGAGCUGGAGAAGGCUUUGUGCGUGCUGGCUGGAAGCGACCCAGAAAAAUGCUCUUAUUCCCGGGGCUAUGUGAAGAGACAGGCUGUAUUUGCCUGCAACACCUGCACUCCCAGUGCUGCAGAGCGUGCGGGGAUAUGUCUGGCCUGUGCCAAUAAAUGCCACGACGGACAUGACAUCUUUGAGCUGUAUACCAAAAGAAAUUUCCGCUGUGAUUGUGGGAAUAGCAAGUUUGGGGAAUUCAAGUGCCAACUAACUCCUGCCAAAGAUGAGGGAAAUGUUAGAAAUCACUACAGUCACAACUUCAAUGGCUGCUACUGCACGUGUGACCGGCCAUACCCAGACACAGAUGACCAGGCCAAUGAUGAAAUGAUUCAGUGUGUCAUCUGUGAGGAUUGGUUUCAUAGCAGGCACCUGGGCUGUACUAUAGUAGAACCUGAGGAGCUGCAAGAGAUGGUGUGUGAAGCCUGCAUGAACAAGGCUCCUUUCUUGUGGACAUAUGCUGCUCACUUUGCAGUACCACAUGUGGUCAGCGUAAGUCAUCCUGAGGAAGAAGUAGAAGUCUGUGUCGAGGAAGGAGCAGAAAAUGAAGAUGCUUCUGAGCCCAGUCAAAUUAGGGAUGUGGAACCGUCCACCAGCGCUGAGCAGACAAAGCAGGAGGAAGCAGCAAACAGGAGUUCCCCUUGCAAACGGACGCACGAGGAAAUGAGAGGCAGUCCUGUGAAGGCCACAACCAAAACUGCAACGUGCAGGCUGAAGGAGUUGCAGGCCCAGGGGCUGGAGAGGCUGAGACAGGGAGCGGUGUUCUGGCCUUACAGUUGGCGCUCCGAGCUCUGCACCUGCACAAGCUGCAAGAAAGCCUAUGUGGCUGCUGAGGUGCAGUUUCUAAUGGAUCAGUCCGAUACCAUUCUGGCCUAUGAGAACAAAGGCCUAGAAGAGCCGUUUGGGCAGCACCCAUUGAUGGCACUGACAAACUCAAUGGACCGUGUACAGCAGCUGGAGGUCAUUUACGGUUUCAACGAGCUGACAACUUCAAUCACUGCAUUUUUAGACCAGUGUGUUGCUGAAGGAAAGAUGGUCACAGUCGAAGCUGUACAUCAGUUCUUCGAGGAGCUGCGUGCUAGAAAGAGACGCAGAACCAAUGCAGGAUACCAGUAAGGAGGAGGCCACCCUACAGUCAUAUGCCUGGUUCAUAUGGUGCUUUGAAUGUAUGUGUCACUUGGAAGAUGACACUUAUUUUCUCUGUUGAAUAAAGGGGUCUUGCUGCAACCAAUGUUAUCCGAACAAUUAGUGCAAAGAGUACUGACUUGCAGUUACUAUUGUAAAGUGUUACUUGUAGGGUGACGGGUUGUUAGUUUUGGGGUUAGUGUUUCAUGUCCAAUGUCUUUGUUGAUUUAUAAUGAUGCCUUAACUUUGAAGCUCAUAAUUAAAGAUUACUUGAAACAUUUAUGAAGAAAAUAAAUUUUGCUGCAGCCCUGUAUGCUUUAAAAAGAUGACGUUGUCUAUAAUGUGUACUUCCCGUGUCCAGUAUGUCACUUUGACUGCACUAAAUGCCAGUGUGUUUACAUUUAAGAGUUUUUCUGAUAGCAACCAGUUAAGACGAACUUGUUUGUAAAAGUGGUGUCAAUAAAUAUCAGUUUUAUGUGGA